GGCAAGGCUAAAACCUAUAUCCUGGGGUAACAGCACCGGAUGCGGUGACCCGACCGCCAAGGUCGGAUCUCCGGUGGGGGGAUCUAACCGGUCCCGGCUUUCAUCUUUGGUCUUUUCCCUAUUUUCUCCGCCUCCCCCAAACUCAGUCAACCUUGCCGUCGUGGUCUUCUAUUAUAUCUCUCUUGCUUCUUCCGUCCCCAAAAAAAACCCCAUAAGAAGGUGCGAUUUUUUUUCCUUCCUUCUGGUUCUCGGUCUCUGCGUUGCGGGAUUGGGGUGGGGUUUCCGAGGAGGGUUCGCGGCCCGAGAUGUCGUCGGAGAUCGAGGUGGUGGAGGAGGGCCCAGCCGCCGGGGCAGGCGGUGUCGGAGGUGGAGCGCCAGCGGAGGAGGAGGCGCUGAGGAACGACGUCUACACCGCCGCGGCGUACGGCGAUCUGGAGAAGCUUCAGCGGCUGGUGGAGGUGGAGGGUUGCUCCGUCUCCGAGCCCGACGGCCUCGGAUACUACGCCCUCCAGUGGGCGGCCCUCAACAACCGCACCGCAGCUGCCCAGUACAUCAUCGAGCACGGAGGAGAUGUGAAUGCCGCGGAUCACACAAGACAGACGGCACUGCACUGGAGUGCCGUGCGCGGCCAUAUCCAGGUUGCUGAGCUUUUGUUGAAAGAAGGGGCUCGAGUGGAUGCGGCAGACUUGUAUGGUUAUCAGACCACACAUGUUGCAGCCCAGUAUGGACAGACAGCAUUUCUGUAUCAUAUUGUCACAAAAUGGAAUGCUGAUCCUGAUGUCCCUGAUAAUGAUGGAAGAAGCCCUUUGCACUGGGCUGCCUACAAGGGAUUUGCUGAUUGCAUACGUCUUCUUUUAUUUCUGGAUGCUUAUAGAGGACGGCAGGAUAAAGAAGAAACUGUUGUCAAUAGGUUGCACUCCUCUUCAUUGGGCUGCUAUUAGAGGGAAUCUAGAGGCAUGCACAGUGCUGGUUCAAGCAGGGAAAAAAGAGGACCUGAUGGUGACAGAUAAUACUGGUUUCACUCCAGCACAACUAGCUUCUGACAAGAAUCAUCGGCAAGUUGCUUUUUUCCUUGGUAAUGCUAGAAGGCUGUAUGACAGGCGCUGUGAUGGGAAUAGCCAUCUUGGAAAAUUAUCAAAAUUAGGACUUGCACCUGCUCUUUGGUGUAUAAUUAUUGCCAUGCUUGUUACAUAUAUACAUUCAGUCAUUUCAGCAUCAUAUCUUUUGAAGUUAACGGCUGCACUUGGGCUAUUUGCAUGGUUAGGGGUCUUUCUGGCAACUGUCGGACUAGUUAUGUUUUAUAGGUGUAGCAGGAAGGAUCCUGGUUAUAUCAAAAUGAGCGUACGGGAUUCACAAAAUCAACGAGACGAUGAGCCUUUACUAAAGAUGGAACUAAAUAAUCCUGCUCUGCUAUCUGGAAAUUGGUCCCAGCUCUGUGCAACGUGCAAGAUUGUCAGGCCUCUGCGUGCAAAGCAUUGCUCCACUUGUGAUCGCUGUGUUGAGCAGUUUGAUCAUCACUGUCCUUGGGUAUCAAACUGUAUCGGCAAGAGAAACAAGUGGGAUUUCUUCAUGUUUCUCAUUCUAGAAGUUUCUGCUAUGACUGUUACUGGUGCAGUAACCAUAAUUAGAAUAGCAAAAGAUCCAACUGCCCCUACAUCUUUUGGUGCAUGGCUGAGCCAUUCUGCUACUCACCAUCCCGGAGCUAUAUCAUUUCUGUUGAUGGAAUUCUUUCUUUUCUUCGGAGUUGCAGUUUUAACUGUUGUACAAGCAUCACAGAUCUCUAGGAACAUAACAACAAAUGAGAUGGCAAAUGCUAUGCGGUAUAGCUAUCUCAGAGGACCAGCUGGUCGGUUCAGAAACCCAUAUGAUCAUGGCAUUCGCAAGAACUGUUCAGACUUUCUGAUAAAUGGUUACAAUGAAGAUGUUGAGUGUCCGGAACAAGCAUCACCUUCUGAGGAACUGGGGAUGAUUCAAAUGACAAGGAGUACGAAUUUGCAGAAUGGAGAAGGCCAUUCUCAACAUGGAAACAGCAAUGGCCAUGUUUGCAUCGACGUGCAUUCCAAAACUGCUAGAUCUCAUGGACAUGUAAAUUCUUCACAGUGCAACCAUAACGAUAAGGCUGAGGGGGUCCCUCUGGGGUUGGGUUUGGGCCUUGGCCGUAACAAUGUUCGUCACAAUGCACGGUCAGUUCUUGCCUCCUGAUUCAUCAUUUCAUGGGGAGCAUGAGAUUGUGCUCUUUGUAGUUGUAACUAUCGAAAUGUCUACAGUAGCUUUUGUUUGUUUGUAAGUUCAUUUGAUACUAGUUACUGUUCUUUGAGAGCCGUUUUGGCCCCACGCCUGAGCAAACCUGUGGAUGGUAUGGUGUACUAUGCUAGAUUCUGUGCACACGCUUUCUUUACCUAUGAAAGACAGUUUAUUGAUGU